AUAAAUUUGGUUCAGAAGAGCACAUCAGUACCAUCUCUGCAACCAAGAGUCAGCCUCCUUUACACCCAGUGUUGGUCCAUCUCAUCUGAUUCUCAUCAUGGAUAUCCCCAUCCAGUAUCCCUGGUACCGCCGCACCUUCCUUCAUCGAUUCUCCGACCUCUCGUUGGGAGAGCCCCUCAAUGAUUGGCCACUCAUGUGGCCUUUCUCCUGGUCCUUCCCCUGGAUGAGGCCUUCCUUCAUGCGCUGGUUCAACUGGUCUGAAAAUGGACACGGUGAGAUGCGCACGGAGAAGGACCGCUUUGCCAUUUAUCUGGAUGUGAAGCAUUUCUCACCUGAGGAGCUGUCUGUCAGUGUCAGUGAUGAUUUUGUCACAGUACAUGCCAAACAUGAAGACAGACAGGAUGACCACGGCUUUGUGUCAAGGGAGUUUGUGAGAAAGUACAAGCUUCCUGCUGGUGUGUUAUGUUCAGAGGUCGCCUCCAGUCUGUCAGUUGAUGGUGUGCUGACAAUCACUGCACCUCGGUCGUCUCCUGGCCCUGAACGCAGCAUUCCUAUUACCUGUGAUGAAACAUCAGCAAAACAGAAAAUGUAGAACACAGCCUGAAGGCCCACAUGCUGUUUUAAUACUAACUGAAAGUGCUGCUUGUUUUUUAUAUUUAACCUGUUAUAGUUUUGUUGGCAGUUCAGUACACACAUAGGCAAGCCUUUAUGUCUAAACGUGUGUAGUCAGUGCAAGUGACUUUUAAUAAACCAGUAUCUAACUGCUUACACACUUUAUUAAAACACUCAGAAACAAAUUGUGCUGUAAACCACAGACCUACUUGUUUUUCAGAGACAUAAUGUGGUAAAGGGCAGAGCAAUGACCUUUUGAGAAUAUCACAAGCCUGCAGAAUCAUUGUUUAAACAAUAUUUAUCCUGCAAAAUAUUUUUGUGCCGCUAGAUUUUCAUUGCUUAACUAUAAAAGAGAGCAGAAUAAAUAUCACACCCUGCAGUCAAAUGACAUGUUUUUCAAGAAGAGCAAUGAAAACCGCACAGAAGUGCGCAGCACUCAUUUUAAAACAGAGGCUAGAAUGUAAAUUCAAUGAAGGAAGGUGGAAACAGAUUACCCCUUUUAAAAUAAUGACAUCUACUGGCUGAGAAAGUAUGAUGAGAUUCUUGUUUACUCUAUGAGCAUAGUGUUGGUUUCUGUAUGUGUGAACGGAACAGAGUUCUAUGGAGGCAUUGACAGUCAUUUUUUUUGUUUGUAUACUGAAAAAGCCACCUGAGGACUUGGGACCAGAUUUUUGUUAAGAGGAAGAACAAGGGUGAUUUGAAGGGUGGAUUCAUGUCUUUACACCUUUAAUCACUGGCCUCUGAGCUGCUAAGGUUCAUGUAUGUGUGUGAAUAUGUGAAAGGUGUAGUAUCUGUGAGAGCAUAUGUGCUUGUAGGCGCAAAAAAAAAAAAAGUAAAAGCUCUGUCAUUCCGAUUGGUAACAUCCCCUGGCAUAUUAACACAUAAAAAUAGAAUAAAAGUUGGAACAUAAUA